AUGCCCUCCCUCCCAAACGCAUCCACAGUCGUCUCGUGGAUCUUCUACCUAAUCCCAAUCUACAUCUUCGUGCUGGCGCCGCUCCUAAGCCAGAUCUUUCCCCCAGACGACGAAGACACCUGGGGCGUCGACUACGCUGUCGCAUACGACGCCGAGGGAAACGAGAUUCCCGCAUUGAAUCUGGAAGAUGAUAGCUUCAUCAGUCCCGAGGAUGACGUACCGUUGAAUUGUCCACAGAGGGAACCGGGCGAGGAUCUCAAGGUCCAUAUAUUAUCCCGGGAUCCGUUGGUAAUUUAUAUCGAGAACUUUCUCACAGAGAAAGAGGCGGAUCAUUUAGUUGAUGUCAGCGUCGGCCGCUACACCCCCUCAAUAAUCUACGACGGCAACACCGAACGCAUCGACCCGUCCGUCCGGCUCUCCGACCGCGCGCUGCUCGCCCGCGACGAAACGGUGCGCUGCGUCGAAGACCGCGCGCGCGCUUUUCAAGGCUGGCGCCCGCACCUGUAUAUCGAGCGCAUGUGGGCGCAGCGGUACAAUGCGUCGGGGCAUUAUCGGCAUCAUUUCGACUGGGCUGGGUCGGCCGCCAGAGGGGGGGACAGGGUUAGUACGUUUAUGGUGUAUUUGGCCGCGGAUUGUGUGGGCGGGGGGACGAAUUUUCCGAAGUUGGGGUGGCCGGGGUCGAGGGCGUGGUGUCGGUUUUUGGAGUGCGAUGACAGCAGCGACAACGACAGUGAGAGCGAGAGCGGUGCUGGUGCUGCCGCUGGAAAGACAGAAGGGAUCACGUUCAAACCGAUCAAAGGAAACGCGAUCUUCUGGGAGAAUCUCCGGGCGGAUGGACGAGGGAUCCCGGAGACUUGGCACGGGGCGUUUCCAGUCAAGGAGGGGACCAAGGUUGGUCUGAAUAUUUGGAGUUGGUAUCAACCGCUGCGGAGGCGCCGUGAUUGA